CAUACGAUCUAUGUAUGGCAACGGUCUCCUUUUCCCAGCAAAUCCUGCGUCUGCCCUCUCCUGUUCCAUCUCUCCGGUCUUGACAUUCAUCCCGCUGAGCUCAGCAGUGCUCCUAUGUAAUUACAGCCCUAUGGUCGCUGAGCAGAACAUUUUUCUGCCCUGAUGCAACACAGUGUGUCUGGACUCUGAGGACCAGCGAAUCCCUCGCCCUGGCAUCUCUAUAGACGACCCAGGAACACCGUUCCCACUGAAGCAGCCUGCUUGGGAUGAGAGAGCGCUCUUCAGAAACAUUUAGUCCUUCAUCUCUCGUAACUUUUGUUCAGCAAGCGGGGUGAUGGAUGUGUUGGCCAAAUGGGAAGCACGAAGAGAUCAAGUGUUAAAGUGAGAAGCGGGACUGUGGUAACUGAGGGGAGGCAAUAAUGGCCGCUGUCAAUAAGCCUACAAUAUUGAAGCAACGGGGGUUUCCUCAAAGAAAAUGUCCUUCCUGCCUGGAGAUCGUUCAUGACACCCAACCACAACCUCACGUGUUGGGUCAUGUGACCUCUCCGAGUCCAGUGCCACCAAGGGUGAGGGGGAGGUGAAUCUUUUGGGAUUAGCCUCCAAAGUCAACACACAUGUCACCCACGCUCACCGAUGGCCACAGGCUGCAAACACCACGGCACCGGCAGAAGCUUUAUGUGACACACACACCCAUCGGAGACCCUUCACCCGCUCACCAUGGCGUCCCUCGAGGAAGAGCUGACCUGCUCUGUGUGCCGAGACUUCUUCAGCCAAGCCCACCCCCUGCCCUGCGGACACAGCUUCUGCCCCGCCUGCAUCCGCGAGGCGUGGUGCGACCGGGGCGAGGGCAAAAGUCGCUUUACCUGCCCCCAGUGUCUGGAGGAGCGCAGGGAGGUGCCGUGUGACUGCUGCCCUCCCGCUGCGGAUGAAGGACAGCCACCGUCGGCGGUCAAGACCUGCCUGAGGUGUGAAGUGUCACUGUGUGCCGCGCACCUUCAACCCCAUCUGGAGAGGCCGGCGUUCAGCUCCCACCUGUUGGUGGACCCGCUCAGGGACCUCACCCAGCGAAGGUGUCCGACACACACGGAGAUACUGCGCUACUACUGCGCCGACGACAAGGAGUAUGUGUGUGGCGACUGUCUGCUGGACGGAGGCCACGCUGCACACAAAGUGAAGGCGCUGAGGCAGGUGGAGGAGGAUCUGAAGGUCAUACUGCAGACUCUGCUCAGCAAAGCCGAGGAGAAGCUGAAAGACGGAGAGCGGAUCCUCAAGGAGCAUGAGAGUAUGGAUUCAACCAUGGCUGUGAGUCAAAGUAUUUCGAUGAACACCCAGGUGGAGCGGCUGGGCUUGGACCUGCAGGUGCAGGUGAUGAGGCUGGUGGUCGCUCUGAGGGAGAUCACCAGGAGGGAGAGACAGAAGGUCAUAGAGCGCGUGCAAGAAGACUGCUCCAAGGUGAGAAGCGAGAUGAGCCAGGCGCUGAGCAUCCAGCACUACCUGGCCUCGCUGAUUGCGGAGACGGACCCCUUCCUGCUCAUCUGGGCCUUUCAAUCAGAUGACACAAAGUUACUGGCCGACCUGAACAGCCCACUCUUCAUGCCCGACGCCGUCAGUCUGGACAGGAAAGACAUCUUGGAGGACAUAGAGAGCAAGUAUCGAGAGUUCAUCACCGGCACCCUGCGCUGCCUCAGUGAAGUCAAGAGGGAGCUCUUAACCAGUCCCUUGACUCUGGACACUAACACGGCCCACCCUCUGUUGAGCAUCUCGGAUGACCUUCGCUCGGCGACGCGGGUCAAAAGCCGCCUGCCGUGCGCCGUUCACCCCGAACGGUUCGACCACUGGCCGCAGGUCCUCACCGCCCAGGUCUUUACCUCCGGGACUCACUACUGGGAGCUGGAGGCUGAAGGGUUCUGGGAUAUUGGCGUCUGCUAUAGAAGUAUUGGACGGAAGGGGAAAGAGGGCAACGCCUUUGGGAACAAUAAGGUGUCGUGGAGCUUGACGCAGCAGCACGACAGGAGGCUGGCGGCCUGGCACAACCGCAGGAAGACCCGCCUCACGUGCCACAUGACCGGCAACCGAGUGGCCGUCGCCGUGGACUACGGCGCCGGCACCGCCACCUUCUCCGAGGUGGGGCCGUCGAACAACCUCACCCACCUCCACACGUUCUCCGCCACCUUCACUCAGCCGCUGUGCUUGGGCUUCGGGCUCUACAAAGCGGAGCUCAACAGUCACAUCUGUAUCGUCAAAGUCUGAGGAGGAGAAGAAAGUGGAAAAGGGAGGACAGAGAAGAAGAAAAGGACCCCGAGAGGCUGGUUCAACUUAGACAAAGCCAUGCCAAGACAAAGUGGUGGUCAUUGAUUUCUCCACUUCUGGAACCACGCAGCCUGCAACUCUGAUGUUUCUCUCCCCCUCAGCUCUCAGCUUGAGCUCAUCUUCUUCCUCAAUAAAGCGACAAAACCACCCUUCCUAUAAAACUGUGAUCGGGUGAUAUUGACAUGGACAGAUGGAGAUAUCUGAGAAUAGAGCAUCCAUUGAGUGAAUAUGAGUCGAUCCUAGCGGGACAGCAAAUGAAAGAAAAGGCUCCUUUUGGACAGAAAUAGGUUUUGGUGAAAAAAUGUGCACGAUUGUUGUUGAUGUUGCUUUUCAUUCCAUAAAACUGCAGAUGAUCGUUGAUCUGAGGAUCCAGCGAUCGCGUUAAAGAAGGAUGCAAACGUUCGUGUUGGUAACUGGACACUAACUCGUGCCGUCCUUUGCUGAAGCGUCUCUGAUGGUCUUCCUCAGUUCGACUUCAUUGAGCUUCAUUUAGUGAAUUCCAACAUAGUGUCUAUGUUUUAGGACAUCAGGCGUAUCUCCAUCAGGCUGGUUUAUGUGUUCAUAGACUCAAAAAAUCAAAUAACGCCCUCAUAGAGAAAUGGAUGCUCAACAGAAAUGUAAAUGUUUUGCUUGAAGGGACACAUGGAGCAUUUGAAACUUUUAAACUCAGCUCGAGGCCACAAGAAGGGAUCACUGAUUUGAUUGCGGUAUUAAAGUUUUUUUUUUUUUUAAAAGAAGGAGAAAAGCUGCUCACUUCUAUCUUUGCUCUUGGAAGCAGCUCAGAUACCCAAUUAUUCUCCCGUUUUCUUUAUUUCUCUGCAAAGGUGAGUGGGUGGAUGUAACAUAGCGGGUGAGAAAGAAGCAGAAGGAAAGAGGGGGGGGGCGCAGAGAGAGAAAGAGCGAGAGAGAGAGAGACGGAGAGAUAUGAGCAUACUCUGGCUUGGUUACGAUCACACUGACUGCCGUGCUGUGAGAUUAUGUGACGAGGGAUUUUUGAGCGCACAACGCUACUUCGGCUUGGAUAUGGAAUACAAGAUUGUUCAGACGGAAACAGGUGAUCAUCUAUUUUUGUAUUCACUAAAAUAUACUAGCGUUGCACUGCACUGCGAAAACGGUCCAGUUUAUUAUUUAGAGCACGUGUCUUAAGGUUGAUCACAGUUGAUUAUUUUGCUGUGUGAAUCCUUCUCCCACCAAAUAGCAGCUGUAUUGUGUGUGUGGUGAGUAGGUUGUAAUAAAGCUGAGAAAAAGAUGUUCUCACACACACUGUUGCUCCUCUUGAGCAAAGAUAAAUGAGUGGUGUUUUCUUUUUAAAGUACAGUUUUUAACUUAAUAUAUAUAAUAGCAUCACCUGAUGUCAAAAAU